AUGUUGGGAUGCAAGCUUGCAGUUUCACCAAUUGAUCAGGGAAAGUUGAGCGUAGAGGUAGGAAAGCCAGUUGAUCGCGUGAGGUACCAUAGGUUGGUUGGUCCUCUCAUCUAUUUGUGUCACACUCGUCGCGACAUAUCAUUUGCAGUAAAUGUGGUGAGCCGUUACAUGCAUGACUUGAGGAAGUGUCACAUAGAUGCAAUAUAUCAGAUUCUGAGGUCCUUGGAGAGUGCAUCAGGGAAGGGGUUGAUCAUUAUGAAGAAUAGGCAUGUAAGCGUUGAGGGCUAUUGUGACUUUGAGUGGGCGGGUUAUAUGGAUGACAGGAUAUCCGCAUCUGGAUACUACAUGUUCGUAGGGAGCGAAUUGGUCCCUUGGAAGAGCAAGAAAUAA